AGUUUCGGGUGUGUGGUGUUGCACGGACGGUGGCGCGCGGUGUUGCGAAGAUUCAGAAGCAGUCAGGAAAACCGGACCGGACGAGUGAUGAAAAAUCGAGGGGGAUGACGGAUUUCGGUGUUUGAUUUGACGUGGAAUGCCCCACCUGUGUCCAGGCACGGACGAAGGUCAGGUGUCGGUAGAAGUGGGAGGUAGUGAGCGGCGGCAAGCCAGAGGGUCUGUCUGAAGAGAACUGAUCCAGCCGACACGAGGCCAUAGUAACUGCUGGAAGUCCAGGCCGUGAGGCCGCUGCCGGGGGUCGAGGGUGGCGCACGCCGUGAACAUGCGGUCCGUCCGAGGCGGAGCCCUGCUGCUGCUGCUGCUGCGGCUGCUGCUGCUGCUGUCUCUGUCGGUGCUGGUGAUGAGCUCCACCGAUGAGCAGUCGUCCGGGGAAUACUGCGAAGACUUUGAAAAUGGAUGGGGAGAAUUUUGGACUGUACAAGAAGGCCCACAUACGUGGUCAGGUGUGUGGACACCUGCUAACUAUAAAGAGGUUGAAAACGUUCCUCCUCCACUAAACAGCGGUGAACAAAUAUUGUACCUAAAACCAGAUGAGGGCGAGUGGUACAUGGGAGCGGAUAUGAUCACAAAAGAGAAAUACAGCUUUCCAGAAGGCUCAACUUUGACAUUUAGCUAUUUGGCUGGUUCAGAAUAUGAUGGGUCUGGCCAUAUCAAAGUAACACUAAAAUACGAUGAAAAUCACAACAUAUCACUGUUCAGUGUCAUGUCCACCAUCACCGGCCCUGAAUGGAAGAAAGCCGAGGUAGAUAUUAGCUCUUCUGGAACGAUGGGACAGAUCCUUAUUCACGGCGAGGGCGCUGCAAACGAAACGACCAGCAUUAUAGCAGUUGACGACAUUCAGCUGUGUGGCCCAAAGACCAUCCAACCGAGUCAUUACUGCAAAAACAUCGCACCGUGCGACCCGAACAUCACUACAACCGCAAUGACGACUACAACCACCGAGCCUACGACGACUACCACUGAGCUAACUACAACCACGGAGCUAACUACAACCACGGAGCUAACUACGACCACCAGUGAGCCAACUACCACCACCAUUGAGCCGACUACGACUACCACCGAGCUUACCACGACCACCACCGAACUAACUACGACCACAACUACGGAGUCAACCACAACCACUGAGCCAAUCACUACCACAGAGCCAACUACUUCUGCCGAGCCUUCUAGCACCAGCCCGCGGCCGCCGCCGCCGCCGCCGCUGCCGCCGACCUCACCGGCGGCGCCGAGCGGCCUGCUGUGGGGUGUCGGCGCCGUGCUGACCACCAGUGUCGCCCUGCUGCUGCUGCUGUCCCUCCUCAGGAGCCCGCGCGUGGCCGCCGCCCGGCGCCGCCGCGCCUGGCUGUGCACCGCCAGCAACGACUACAGCGUGUUCACCGCGAACAGCAGCGGCAGCGCGAGUAUCGAGAGCGCCAGCAGCGCCAGCAGCGGCUGGUACGACUACCUGGUCGGCGACCCGUGGCGCAAACUGGCCACGCGCUUUGGGUGGCUGCGCAGCAUGUGACUCGUCCCCGCACCGAGUGGUGAGCCCUGUGGCGCCGCACGGGCGAAGUUACGCAGACUCUGGUUUGACUCCGCGGUAGGUAGGAAGGAGUUGAAAGUGACAAUGGGUUCAAAGCUGAGCGCUGUCGCGGCCCUGCGGGUGACAGCGGCUAGGACGAUUGAAUGCUUCGAACGACGCGCGUCAGUGUACCUGGAAAACUAUGUGUCUGCCUCAUUAGGUAUACCAUUUUUUUUUUUAAUGUUACCCAACAUUGUCAUGAGUGCAUGUGCUUUCCUAAUCGCUGCUUACGUUAUGUAUGAUCUAUGCAAGAAGUUGAAACUACAUCUAAAAAAGGUCAAA